GAAAUAAACAAUCAAUUAUGCAAGUACACUAUAAAAUUAAUCAAUUUAAGAGAACUCAGAUAAAUGAGAUCUCCAAAUGAUUCAUAAUCAUUUGGAUUACGUUAAGAAUAUCACGAUUUUACAUAGUUACAUCAUUAACCUGCUGAAACAAAGAAGCAUUAACGAGCAAAGUCAACUCUGUAGAAUAAUUAUAGAUAAGGGACUCCUAUAACAGAUUUAGAGGAAAUAGAAGGAGAGAAAUUGUUUGAUUAAUUUUUUAAGCUUAACAACUCCAAGAGUGAUAGUGACUUUAUGAGAGAUUCUGUUUAAAGAGAUUUAAAGCAACCUGAAUCUGAAUUUUUAAGGUUUGUAGAAAAUGCAAUAGAAUAUCAUAAACAAUCAGAAUUACAUUUUAGACCUACUAUAAAAAAGAAUUAGCAUUUGGAAAAGAAAGCAAAAGAACUUGCUAUUUCAAAUAGAUUAUUGGCAAGUGAAAUUAAUAGAUAUAAAUAGAAAGAGAUUGAGUUAAAAAAUAAGAUAAAAAUAUUGCAAAAAGAAUAUUAAUAAGAAUUGGGUCAAAUGAUAUAGAAGAAUGAAUGGUUGGAAGAAUUGUUAGUGAAAUAAAAAAUAGAUAAUGAAAAUUCUUUGUUAGCUGUUAAGAAAUCUUUAGAAAUGAUGUAAGGAAGAUGUAUGUGUCAAAAGGGAAUGGUUGAUAAAAUAAUGAAGGAAGUUAAAUAAUAAUCUAGACCAUAAUAUGAUCUUUAAGUGACACAUUCAUCAUCUGAAUUAAGUAGUAAUACAGAGGAAGAAGACUUCAAUUAUGAUUAUAUGAGAAGGAGAAAAUCUUUAUCAAAGGUACUAAAAUAGAUAAACAUAGACAUCAGAAGAACAUUAGUUCAUACUUGCAAGAAGCAAGAAUUCAAAAGAUUUUGCUAGAGAUCUCUUUAUAAGAAAGAAACAUUUACAAGACCCGUAUUACACAUGA